UUCAGUUGCUGCAACCACGGGGCAAUAAUGGUUCCGAGCUUACAUUGGAGUAUCUGUAAAAAAUCUCACCUGGAAGGACAGUAGAAGCUGGCGAAGUCAGGUAGAAAAAGGAGAGCAAUGCCCCAGAAAAUCUCCAUCUCCAUCCUCGCUUAAGCACCAUCCCAAGCUACACUCUGCUUCCUUCACAUUUUUCACAAUGAAGUUCUCUGCCGUUAUUGCGUUGCUCCUUCCCCUCUCCGGCGUCCUCGCUUCGCCAGUCGCAGACUCUGGCCCUGUUGGCAUCGGAAGAGACGAACAUGCCACAGGAACUGAGCCCUUGAGCGUCGAUCAGAGCGAAGUUGAUUUGGUGGGUCGUGACCUCUUUGCACGCUCCACUAGGAAAUGCAAGAUCGUCAACGUCUCGAACCGCGCCUUCUGCCGCAGUGGACCUGGCACCAACUAUCCGAUCAAGUACUCGGUGUACAAGGGCCAGGAGUACAAGUUUGAUUGCUACAAGAAGGGAACUUGUCAUGAAGGCAACUGCACUUGGGACCGCCUCCCGCAUGCUGAAGGGUAUUGCUACGUGUCUGGCGCCUACACCGACGGCCGAUGCACUAAAGCCGCUCUCGGAAAGUGUUAGGUUGUUACUCCACUUAACCAUUCGCCGCAGUUAAAGCACAUCACAGGCUACUUCGUCUGAGGGAGGGCCCACGAUGCCAACAUCUUUGUUUCGACUAGCGUUGAAAGCGGCCACCAGUGGCAGCCAUUAGACAACAAACUUACUUGAAUAGAAAUACAAGUGCUGAUAUCACGCGAUGAAGAAUGCUGUGUUUUCCUGGAUAGCCUAACUACCACUGGCCUUCAGCUACAAUGAUAGAUUUACUGACGCACUAUCAAACCGAAAAAGUUGCUUCUCCAUGAGCCUAGCCUCAUCUUUCGCAUCCAUGAGUUGAAGGGCUGAUAUAAUGAGGGCGGCACUAUUGGCUGAGAGGAUCACUUCAUUAAAUUUGAGAGAGUGUAUCAAUCCACAAUACCCAGAAUUCUUAUAGUUAGCCAAGUAUACUGACGUAGUAACAC